UAUGGAUGUACACAGAAAUAUCCACAUUAAACAAGAGCCAGUUGAUGUUGCGGAAGAAGAACAAAGGGAAGUGGAGGAGCCGAAUCUUUAUCCAGAUCAUGAAAUCAAGGAAGAAUUGGUCGUAGGACCUGUGGUGUUGCAAUCCUCUGAAUUAGCUCAAGCAAGAUGUGUGCACAACACAUCUGAUGGGUUGAACUUUGACACUCAACCAUACAAAUGUGAUAUUUGCACUAAAUGUUAUACAAGGAAAUGUCAUUGUGAGCAUCACAAAGUAAGUCACAUUGGAGAGAAGCUGAACCAAUGUGAACAAUGUAACAAAUCUUAUUCCUGUAAAGCAAGUUAUAAUAAACAUUUAAGGACUCACACAGGAAAGAAACCAUAUGAAUGUGAUAUUUGCCAUAAAUGUUUUACUAAAAAACAUGUACUUAAGUGUCAUAAAAUGAUCCAUUCUGGUGAGAAACCAUACAAAUGUGAUAUUUGCAAUAAAUGUUAUACAGGGAAAUGCCAUCUUGAGCGUCACAAAAUAAGUCAUAAUAUUGGAGUAAAGCCGAACAAAUGUGAACAAUGUAACAAAUAUUUUUCCUGUAAAGCAAGUUAUAAUAAACAUUUAAGGACUCACACACGAAAGGAACCAUAUGAAUGUGAUAUUUGCCAUAAAUGUUUUAAUAAAAAACAGGUACUUAAGUGUCAUUUAAUGAUCCAUACUGGUGAGAAACCAUACAAAUGUGAUAUUUGCAAUAAAUGUUUUACAAAAAAAUAUCACGCCACGCGUCAUAUGUUGGUCCAUACUGGAGAGAAACCAUACAAAUGUGAUCACUGUAACAAAUUUUUUGUCCGUAAAGCAGACUGUGAAACACAUAUAAAGACUCAUACUGUAGAGAAACCAUACAAGUGUGAUAUUUGCAAUAAAUGUUUUGCAAUGCAACAUCAACUGAAGCGUCAUAUAACUGUCCAUACUAAAGCGAAACCAUACAGAUGUGACCUGUGUAAUAAAGUUUUUGCUUCUAAAUACAAUUUUAAUUCACAUUUGAUGAUUCAUACAGGUAGGAAACCGUACAAAUGUGACCACUGUAACAAAGAUUUUACCCGUAAAUCUACUUGUGAAACACAUUUAAGGACUCAUACUGGAGAGAAACCAUACAAGUGUGAUAUUUGCCAUAUAUGUUUUAUAAGAAAACCUGAACUUAACAUUCAUAUAAUGGCCCAUACUGGAGAGCGACCAUAUAAAUGUGAUCACUGUAACAAAACUUUUGUUCGUAAAGCAGAUUGUGAAACACACAUAAAGACUCAUACUGGAGAGAAACCAUACAUAUGCGAUAUUUGUAAUAAAUGUUUUACAACAAAAUAUCAAAUUAAGUGUCAUAUAAUGGUCCAUACUGGAGAGAAACCAUACAAAUGUGACCACUGUAACAAAGUUUUUGCUUCUAAACACCAUUGUAAUGCACAUUUCAUGAUUCAUACAGGAAUAAAACCAUACAAAUGUGAGCAAUGCAACAGAUCUUUUGUUCGGAAAGCACAUUGUGAAACACAUUUAAAGACUCAUGCAGGUGAGAAACCACAUACGUGUGAUAUUUGCAAGAAAUGUUUUACUACAAAAAGCCAACUUAAACGUCAUGUAAUGAUCCAUACUUGUGAGAAACCAUAGAAACAUGACCGCUGUAAAAAAGUUUUUGCUUUGAAAUACAACCAAUGUAAAGAUAAAUACAUUUUUUAUACACAUUUAAAGAGCCUACUGGAGAUAAGUAACCCGUACAGUUGUGAUAUUUGCUACAAAUGUUUUACAAAAAACAUGUAUUUAAAAUCAUUUACCGGUCCAUUCUGAUGAGAAACCAUAGAAAUUUUAUCUCUGCAACAAGCAGUAAAGCAAGUGUCAUAUGAAGGUGUGUGCUGAUGCGAAAAUGGUCAAUUGUAGAAAUGUUUCUCUAAAUCGCAAAUGUGCAUAGCUGGCCCCAGAAUGCAAAUUUACUCUAUCACAAUGCAUAUUAGCCUUAAGUAAUUCCAUAGUUUGUAUGCUGUAGCUAAGCCAUAAUAAGAGAGCUUAUCAAGCUUAUCACUUUGCGACAUUUAUGACCAGCACAAACUAACAGACAGCAAAGCAGAGAACAUUAAAUAUAUCAAUUUUACGUUAUUAUAAUUGCAAUAAAGUGAAUGAAAUAUGAUAAAAUACAAUCUAAGCUAACAUGCUAUGACGUAACACUUUUAUUGCUAUUAUUGUUUAAUUUAGAUUUUUGAUACC